AUGUUGUUGUUAGAAGUUUGGACAGUUAUUUUACUUCCCAGUUUAAUAUUUGCUGCUAUUGUCCCAUUUAGAGAUUCAAUUGAAGUUGUAUUCACUCCUGAUGAUAUUAAAAAGAGUGCAGAUUAUGUUUUAUGGAAAGUUCCAACUGUGAAAAAUAAUUUCAAAACAACAGUUAAACAAAAAUUAUUAAAUAGAUUACUUGAUAAAGAUUUACAAGAUUUUAAAACUAAUCCAUAUCUUGAAGAUGAUGAAUUAAAAAAAGAAAAAAAUAAUGAAGAUGAUUCUGAAGUUGUUGCUGCAACUAAUAAGAAUGGUAAUUUCAAAAGUAUUAAAGUUGAGAUUGAAAAUCCUUAUGGUCUUAUUAGUUCAGUUAUGAAAAAUCCAUCUGAAACAGAAAAAAAGAAAGCUACUAUAAAGGUUGUUGAAAAUGCUAUAUUAAAAGAACAGCAGGAAUUGGAAGAAGGUUCGGAAAAUGAACAAGUAGAUAGUUUAUCGAAUAAAGAGACAGAACAUGUUGGUUAUUUGACUCCUACACAAAUAAAGAAUAGAAAGGUUAGUCAUGAUGAUCAUAUAAAACAUCUACCUGAUAAUAAAGAUGAUAAAGAUGAUUUCAAAUAA